AUGUUGAGAGUUACAAGUUCGAGAGCCACUGGAGGACUGCAAUUCUCGAAAGUUGCCUUCGUUGUCGCCAAGAGACAGGAGUCUGCCUGGGCCUCAGUCCAGGCUGCUCCAGCCGAUAAAAUUCUUGGCCUAACUGUGCUGUACAACAACGACUCCAACCCUUCCAAAAUCAACCUGGGUGUUGGGGCCUAUAGAGACAAUGAUGGAAAACCGUGGAUUCUGCCUUCUGUGAAGGCUGCAGAACAAGUUUUGGCCAAGACCGAAACCAACAAGGAGUACGUUCCGAUUGUCGGAUCGCCAAAAUUCAACGAGCUUAUCAAAAAAAUGCUCUACACGCACGACGAGGCCGGCAGAAAGCUUCUCGAGGACGGCCGUGUUCUCACUGCCCAAGGCAUCUCCGGUACCGGUUCUCUUAGAGUUCUGGGAGAGUUUGUGAGAACGUUCUACCCAAGGUCGAACAAGGUGCUUGUUCCAAACCCAACCUGGGCCAACCACGUCGCCAUUCUUGAAAAGGCUGGCCUGACCACCGGCAAGUACAGCUACUACGACUACAAAACCAACGCACUGGACGAAGCUGGAUUGUUGAACGAUCUGGCUUCUGCAGAGCCGGGCACCGUGGUUCUCCUGCACGCAUGCUGCCACAACCCUACUGGUGUCGACCCGGAGUUGGAGCAGUGGGAUAAGAUCCUGGACGUUCUUUCUCAGAAGCAGCUUUUGCCAAUUCUGGACAUGGCCUACCAGGGAUUCAGAUCUGGCUCUCCAAUUGACGACUUGGCUAUUCUGUUCAAGUUCAACAAGGCCGUCGUUGACGGAAAGCUCUCUAACUUCCUUCUUUCGCAAUCGUUUGCCAAGAACAUGGGUCUCUACGGCGAGAGAGUCGGCUCGCUGUCUCUCAUCACUGCUGGUCCCGAAGAAACCGCUAGAGUGAAAUCACAGUUGGAGAAAGUCAUCAGACCGCUCUAUUCGUCUCCUCCAUCUCACGGCUCGAAGCUGGUCGAGAUCAUCCUUUCUGACGACGCUAUCUACCAACAAUGGCUCAAGGACGUGAGGGUGAUGUCUGACAGACUCGUUGAGAUGAGAAAACUGCUGCAUGACAAACUGAAAAACACUUACAAGAACCCAUUGAACUGGGAUCACUUGUUGAACCAAAAAGGUAUGUUCUGCUACACUGGCUUGAAGGAGGACCAGGUGAAGAGACUGAUUGAAAAGUCUGUUUAUCUGACUUCGGACGGAAGAAUCUCGAUUGCCGGUAUCUACCCUGCGAACGUCGACAACUUGGCCAAGGCCAUUCACGAGGUCACCACCAACUAA